AUGCAGGAGAGCUUCGAGAAUAUCUACCUCGAUUUAUCGAAACAACCAGGCAAAUGUAAGCUUGCAGAGAGCGGCUUGGGUUGGCGGCCAUCAGGCGGCGGUGACACAUUCACUCUUGACAGCAGCAAUAUUGGCGCAGCGCAAUGGAGUCGAGCUGCCAAGGGUUAUGAGCUGAAGAUCCUCUCCCGUUCCUCGGGAGUCAUUCAGCUUGAUGGAUUCGAGCAAGAGGAUUUUGACCGAACAAGCAAAGCCUUCAAGAUCUGGUACGGCAUCAACAUCGAAAACCGAGAACAUGCGCUUCGUGGAUGGAACUGGGGGAAAGCAGAAUUCACAAAAGCAGAACUCACAUUCAAUGUGCAAAACCGACCCGCAUUUGAACUCCCUUAUUCGGAAAUAUCAAAUACAAACCUUGCGGGCAAGAACGAGGUUGCUGUUGAAUUUGCACUUCCUGUUGAUGGCGUUAACGGAACGAACGGACAAUCAGAGGGUAGUACGAAAAGCAGAGGUCGGAAAGCUGGCGCCGGACGGGAUGAGCUGGUAGAGAUGAGAUUUUACAUUCCUGGCACAGCUCUUAAGAAGGAGAAACCAGAGGGUGAAGAAGGAGAGGGAGACGAGAAAAGCGUUCAUGGCGAAGAGGCAGAGGAACAAAAUGCGGCAAAUUUAUUCUAUGAGACUUUGAUGGAUAAAGCUGAAAUCGGAGACGUUGCUGGAGAUACAUUUGCUACCUUUUUGGAUGUGCUACAUCUCACUCCAAGAGGACGAUUCGAUAUUGAUAUGUACGAAAGCUCGUUCAGAUUACGAGGCAAAACAUACGACUAUAAAAUUCAGUACCAGUCGAUUAAGAAAUUCUUCCUCCUGCCGAAGAAUGACGAUACCCAUACAUUGAUCACGUUAGGCUUGGAUCCCCCGCUUCGACAAGGCCAAACGAGAUAUCCAUUCCUGGUUAUGCAGUUGAAACUUGAUGAUGAGAUCAGCAUCGAUCUAAAUAUGACUGAUGAAUUGCUCCAAACCCGUUACAAAGACAAGUUGGAGGCCCAUUACGAGGAACCCAUUCAUCAAGUUGUAACGAAAGUAUUCCGCGGCCUUUCCGGGAAAAAGGUCGUCAUGCCCUCAAGGGAUUUCGUCAGUCAUCAUGGGCAUUCCGGUGUCAAAUGUUCCAUCAAAGCGAACGAAGGGCUCUUGUUCUGUUUGGACAAAAGUUUCAUGUUUGUACCAAAACCAGCGACCUACGUGCAAAUCGAGAAUAUAUCCGUGAUCACCAUGUCCCGUGUUGGUGGUGCGAUUUCCGCUAGUCGAACGUUUGAUAUCACGAUGACCCUUAAAGGGGGAAUGGGAGAACACCAAUUUAGCAAUAUUAAUCGCGAGGAACAACAACCCUUGGAAGAAUUUUUCAAGGCGAAGAACAUAAGAUUUAAGAACGAAAUGGCCGAUGACUCAUCCGCCCUUAUCGCCGCCGCUCUCGACAAUGAAGAUGCCUCCAGCGACGAAGAAAUGGCCGCCGGCAACGACCGUGGUUCCGCAGACGAAGACGAAGAAUCUGUCGACGAAGACUUCCAAGCAGAGUCCGAGUCUGACGUUGCGGAAGAAUAUGACUCUGCUCACGAAAGCAGUGGUAGUGGAAGUGAUGCUGAAGUAGAUGACGGGGAUGAAGAAAAUGAUGCCGCCGCUGAUGAAGAUGAGGACGAGAGACCGAAGAAAAAGACCAAGGUCACAAAAUGA